AUGGGUUUGAAAGAUGAGGACAAGAAAAUAGAAAAGUCUUCAGAAGAGCCAAAGGGACAUGGGACCUUAAGCAGAAAUAAUAGCCACAGCUCUUUAUCUCCAACAGAAGAUGAUGAAGAUGAAGACAAAAAUCUUGAACUUGGUCCCAUGAUCGCUCUCAAAGAACAGCUCGAGAAAGACAAGGAUCAUGAAAGCUUGAGGAGAUCGAAAGAACAACUUCUAGGCAUUGUGGAUCUUGAGGAGGUUGGAGAGACUCCGGAUCCGGUGGUAAAGAUAAUGAACUUAACAAUUAGGUCACCGGAUCGAGAAGACAUGGUACCAUGGUUUACUCUUAAAGAAGGCUCUAAGUACACUCUCGUGUUUACUUUCCGUGUGACCAACAACAUUGUGUCCGGUCUCCGGUACAGCAAUACAGUUUGGAAGACCGGAAUCAAGGUAUAUAGUAGAAAGCAGAUGUUAGGAACGUUCAGUCCACAGGCUGAACCGUAUAACCAUGUCAUGUUUGAAGAAUCGACACCGUCUGGUAUGCUUGUUAGGGGCUCCUACUCCGUUAAAUCUAAGUUCGUCGAUGACGAUAAUAAGUGCUACUUGGAGAACAACUAUACCUUUGACAUUCGCAAGAAUUGGCUGUGAUCCAUCACAUAAGUUACCCGAAGAAGAGAAACAUAUUGUAUUAUUCACUAUUCUGUUACUACAAUUUCUCUUUAAUUUACACUUGUUCUUAAUUAAUGUAUGUUCAUAUAUUUGGUUAAAAUUAAAUUUAAAAA